CUCCGACCGCAAAACAGCACCAGUAACCUUAUCUGCAGGGAUCAUUAACCUUUCUGGAAAACGCAGCUGGCUGUGCUCUGAGGUUUGUCCUCAGAAUGUGAGGAGAGCCACACAGAUACCGCAGAAACUGUUCAAAGGCUGUUGGGUUUACCUUGCGAGCUUUUGCUCCACCGUAGUGCGGCAGAAAAAUGAGAUUGCAACAAUUCUUUUUUCUGUUCCUUGUUUUUAUGAUGAGUCUUCUACCUAUCCACGGACAGAGACCAGCUAAUUUGGCAAUGAGAAGAAAAUUGCACAGGUACAACUGCCUUCAGAGAAGAUGUAUGCCUCUCCAUUCACGAGUGCCCUUCCCCUGAGGUCUUCUCUAUCUAACUUCUCCAGGUCUACCAGAAGAGGAGUGAAGGAAAAGAUACCCACCCACGUAAUAGUGUGAUUGCUUAGAAGUUUCUGUAUGAAAAGGAAUUGUUUGAAAGCAAUGGGAUGGUUUAUUAGUUUCACACGAUUCUCUUCUUCCUGGUUUCUCUUUAGAGAGAAAAUAAAUUCAAAAGCAAUUCCACUCUGAAGUAUAAUUAUUUGCUUGCAUAACAAAAUUCUCUUAUCUUUUUCUGCACAUUAUUCUUCUUACCUGGUUUAAGAAGAAAAACUCUUUAAUGUCUUAGAAUUCUCUAACAGUAAAAAGUGUAGGAGUUUAAAAUUGUCCUUUCAUAUUCUUAUAAUUUUCCGAAGGUAUUAAAAUUACUUUUUAUAUGUUUGAGUGAUUGUUAAAAAAAAUCCUAAAUCUGAAAUCAGUUGCAUUGGCUAUUUGGCUUUGCAGAAUAGGGAGAAAAUUAUUGGUUCAUUGAUUGUUUAUAUAGAGAGACAAAGAAAGAAACUAUUAACUGCUACCAAUGUUAUAUAAUAGGCUUUAAUGUUUAUGAAGGUAUUUUUUACUUUGAAUAAUAUCCAUUUAUAGUUGUAAAAUAAAGUCUGAAAUACUAAUUGUAGUUCAGUUUAUAUUACAGCUGAAAUGUUUAUUUCUGAACCUAUUUUUCAACAUGUCGUCAUAAGAAGCCAAUGUCUGAUUUCUUUUGAAGUUCUGUUUUAUGCCCUUUAUUCAUCUGUAUAGACAGCUUCUUAGAAAGGCCAACUUAAAAUUGAAAUUUAAAAGACACUUAUGCCAAUAAAGUCUCAAGCAGAGCGCUGUCUCCACUACACGAGUGCUCAUCAGUCUGCUAGGCUUUAUUUUGGUGUGGUGGUGAGACAUGUAAGUAAAAACUCAGAGGGAAUUUAAGGAUAUGAUUACCAAAGAAGGACACUAUCCUAAGUCUGAACUGUAUUGAUAAUUAGUUGUUCUCAAGUUGUUAAAUAUGCUCCUAAUUUGUAUUUAUUCAAAGACUGUUAGCUCACUGCCAUAAAGUUUUAAUUAUUUUACUGUAAGUUAAAGCUAGAUAUGAAAUUUACAUAUUCAUAUCUUGACUAGAAAUUUUACUUUGUAAACAUUCUCGAGUGGGAGAAGCCAUAAACCUUUAAUCCCUAUUUUGCCAAAAUAAAAAACUGAGAUUUAUAUAUAAAGAA